AUGGAGAAGAUACAAUUAAAUUUGCAUUGAUUUGGAGAGUGACACCUGUGAACAAACCGUGUGAAUUUCGUUCCACCGAAAAAACGCGCCCGCGACGAGUUCUACAUUAACAAAACACCUCCUGCUCCAAGCGACAUCUACACAGGCUCUCACAAGUUUAAACUCUCGCCGGUUUUCGAGCGGUUCGCCCCUUGUAUAAAAAAUGACACUAGAAGUCACUGUGCGACGGGCAGUUCCUGAAGACUCGAAAUGCAUCAGAGGACUGAUUCAAUGGAGUUUCAUGGGUCAUUCCUAUUAUAUUGAGGAUCUCUACGUGCAACCAUCCUCAAGAAGAACUGGAGUCGGACUGAAAAUUUUCAAAGAAAUAGCAAAGGAUGCAAUUGAAAAUAAUGCGAAAAAGCUUUUCUUCUCUGUCCUCAACUGGAAUGAGCCAGCUAUCAAUUUUUACAAGAAGCUGGGUGCUCUCGAUUACACUGCGGAUAUGACCCUGGAUAUCUACAGGUUCACCAGACCGGCAAUGGAAACUUUAGUGAACGCUGAGUAA